GACCCUGGUCUCUAGAGAUGAGCUUUGCCCUGGGGUUCUUUAGUCCUGGUAAUUCCGAUAACUGUUACUUGGGAAUAUGGUACAACAAUAUCCCAGUUAGAACGGUUGUUUGGGUAGCAAACCGGCUCAAUCCAAUAAACUACUCGUCUGGCAUGUUGAUGGUAAACAGUUCAGGUAGUCUUGUUUUCUCAGCCAGAAUAGAAAAGUUGCUUGGUCGGCAAACUCAACAAAAAAGGCCUGGAAUCCAAUAGUCCAGCUUUUAGAUUCAGAAAAUCUAGUAUUAAGAGAAGGGAACGAAGAAAACCCAGAAAAAUAUUUGUGGCAAAGCUUUGACUAUCCUUCUGAUACUUGGCUACCAGGAAUGAAGCUUGGAUGGGACUUAAAGACUGGUCUGGAACGGCGCAUGUCUCCUGGAGAACUGAGUUGGGGGGUUAAACUUCAUAAUUACACUGAAACAGUCAUAAAGAAAGGCACCAAGAAGUUCUUACAGAUCGGACCAUGGAAUGGCCUUGGUUUUAGGGGUGUACCUAACUUAAAGGACAAUCCGGUUUACACCUACGAUUGUCAUCAACAGCGAUGAGGUAUACUUCAUAUUCCACCUAAUUAAAAAUUCUGUAAUCUCAAGGGGAGUUUUGAACGAAAAUGCAUCCUCAUAUGAGCGCUACAUAUGGGUCGAAGCAGAUAAAAAAUGGAUCACAUACAUUUCUACACCAAAAGACAAAUGUGACACCUAUAAUUUAUGUGGUCCUUAUGGAAAUUGUAUCAUUGGUGAGUCACCUAUCUGUCAAUGUGUAGAAGGAUUCAAGCAUAACUGCAUAAGUCACCAAAUACAUGGAACCCAGAUGAGUGGUCUAAGGGAUGUGUACGUAUUACCCAACUGAGUUGCCAGGAUAAAGAUAAAAUUGGGUUUGUUAAAUUUGUUGGGCUCAAAAUGCCAGAUACCACGUAUUCCUGGGUGAACGGAAGUAUGAAUCUUAAUGAGUGCAGAGUCAAAUGUUUCGACAACUGUUCCUGUACGGCUUAUGCAAACUCAGAUGUUAAAAAUGGAGGAAGUGGGUUGCACCAUGUGGUUUGGAGAUCUAAUUGAUAUUAGACGGGUUGCAGUUAAUGGGCAGGAUGCUUAUAUGCAGGAUGUAUAUAUUCAAAUGCCUGCUUCAGAGCAAGUCAAUCCUAAAGAAGUGAAAGACAAGAAAAAGAUGAAGGUGAUAGUGAUAGUUGUUGUUGCAAUUGCCGUAGUUUUUGGGGUGCUCUUGAUUACCUACUGCAUUUGCAAAAGGACAAACUUCAGAGAGAAAUUGGAGAAUAAUGUGAUGAUAGACCAGAACAUUAAAGGCCAAAGUGAAGACGUGGAGGUCACAUUCUUCACCUUAGCUACCAUAGCCAUUGCCACUAACAACUUUUCAAGUAAUAACAAGCUUGGUGAAGGUGGCUUUGGACUUAUAUAUAAGGGUACUCUAAUAGAUGGAAAAGAAAUUGCUGUGAAAAGGCUUUCACGGAGGUCUAGACAAGGAUUGAAUGAGUUUAAAAAUGAAGUUAUAGUAAUCGCCAAAUUGCAACAUCGAAAUCUUGUUAGGCUUUUGGGCUAUUGCAUUGAAGGAGAUGAGAGAAUGCUAAUCUAUGAAUACAUGCUCAAUGGAAGCUUGGAUUCCUUCAUUUUUGAUCAAACAAGAGCUAAAGUUUUGGGUUGGUCUAUGCACUUCAACUUUAUUUGUGGGAUUGUGCGAGGGCUUCUCUAUCUUCACGAAGAUUCUAGAUUGAGGAUUAUACAUAGAGGCCUCAAAGCAAGCAAUGUUUUACUUGAUAGUAAGAUGAAUCCAAAACUUUUUGACUUCCGUAUGGCUAGAAUUGUUGGUGGAGAUCAGACUGAAGGAAACACAAAUAGAGUGGUUGGAACAUAGUACGUAUU